AAAAGGGCAUUUUACUGUUGGCUUUCUGAAAAUUUGGUGUGAGUAAGAUAAAAGUUGUAAAUUUUUUCAGUGUGAAUGGCACUGAAGUUGGAGGAUGAUCUCAGGAGAUGCUUUAAAAGAUACUUAGUUCCUUAUGGUUAAACAUGAAGUAGUUGCAGUAAGUAGCUGGCCUAAUUUAGGUGGUUCUUGGCUAGUAAAGGGUUCUUCUCACCCUUCCCCCAGAGAUGAAUCCAUUUAAGUGCUAUGCUUAGUUUGGCAUUAUAAAAGAAAGCUUGCAAUCUGUACACUUGAUUUCAUUAGCCUCAUAGCUUGCCACUGUAAGUACUAGAGUGCAGCCUGGUUGUUGUUUGGGUUUUCCCCCAGCAGGUAUUUGUAGAAUGUGCCCUUAAGAUACACCUCUUGCUGGAAAUAACACUUAAUACUGCUUUUCUCAGUGUAGAUAGACAUUGAUGCAAUUUGCUUGGGUGUUUUCUUUUGAUGUGCUCACAUCUGGGCAUUUGAAGCUCAUUAAAUGUGAACAGAAUUAAUCAAUUUUUAAACAAGCAAGCAUUUGAUCCAAAGGAUGUUGCUCUAAGAGUCAGUGAACUCUAGUUUUGGCAGAACUGCAUUAAUCCUGCUGCUAGGAUUGCUCUGGUGGUCAUACUGAACUUUGAAUCCCUCAAAGAGGAUGGCAGGAAUGAAUUUGCCCAAAAAUGUGAUGUCAGAUUGUGAGCCCCUGAUGUCACAGCAGGAGGAGACAUAUAGAAGAAAGGGUCUGAGAUUGACUGAGAACCCAGUGUGAGUUUUAGAAGUACAGUAGUAUUUGGUAGUCACAUGGAUUCUCUCCUUUGCUUGAUAGGUUGUCUGUGUUUGUGUAAGUACAUGGCAAACUAGACUACUAAGUCUGAUUCUGCUUCUUCUGUGACAGGUGACUUUACAGCCAGACAUUUUAGUGAAGGAGCCGUAAGAAAGAGAAGCCUGAAAACGCUAAAGCUGCAAGACCAGGAGCACAUUCAAAAAAGGGGGAAAAGAGAGAGGGUGUUGCAAGAAGAGGGUGUAUUUUUAGAGAAAGUGCAAUUUUCUUGAGACUUGUUAUGCUAUCUCAUGCCAAAUAGGAUCCAGGAAGAGUGGCUACUGUAAAAAUCCAGGCUUUAAGGAAACAGGAGUGUAAAACUCGACACAGUACUAUGUUGUUUUUUAUUUAUGUGUUAUUGUUGGAAAGAAAAGCAUCAUGGUAAUUCUAUUUGUAAGGUAUCAGAUGGAGGGAUUUGGGUUAUGAGAAAGGUUGGACUUUUAGAUUUGAUUAUUCUGGAACUCUGUGGGCUCGGAGUAAAAUUGGACACCCAUUGUUCUCAAACCACUCUGGGGCUUGGUUGCUUGAGAUUCUGCAUGUGGUUGUCUUGUAUUGCUCUAUUCUGCAACAUUACAACUUGAUGUCUUUAUUCCCUGAAGUAAAAUUAAUGUAAUGUACAUUUCUAGGUUCCUCCCAGUUGACUGGAAGGUCCAAAGCUAGAGAAACAGACGUGGUGAUGAAAAGAAGGUCAAGAGAGAAAAAAGAAAGCUAAGCUCAAGAGAAGAGAGGCAGAUAGAUGGAGAUGAGAAACAUCCCCCACAGCAGCAGAAGGUACCAGCUGAAGAACAGCAGUGGCCAGAGAAUAUGCCUGAAUGGGAAGAAAGGAAAUCCCUGCUAGCUCAGAGAAGAGUGGAGUCUGUCAGACUGCUUACAGUGCUGUUAAACCGUGUGAAAGAUUUUGCACAGUUGGCAAGUCAGAAAGUGGAACCUUCACUGGGCAUAAGGAAGGACAAUUCCUUUUCUGAAACAGCAUUUAAAGAUUGGCAUCAGGAACUGAUUAACUCCCGUUACCAUGUGCGCAAAGAGGUGAAACAUAAGGAGGAGUUUAAGUGCCCCUUAACCAAAAAAAGUGGCAGCUUGUGUAGUGAGGAAGGAGAUGGCAGUAACUUCCAUGCAUCUACUUGUCAUAUAGUCAGGACAAUUUUAAAUGAUCCCUCUAGAGCCCCAAGUUCUGGUGAACUUCUUGGCAGAGAUGUGGACAACUCCCCUGGCUGUGGAUCUUUACUCAUUACAGUUAUGGAAGACUGCAGGAUCAUCAAAUCUCUCGAUGGAAAGCACUGCUCAGCAUUGAAUGCAGCUCACACACAGACAGCAUCUGACAAAGACUGUUGCAAAAAGCAAAAGGUUUAUGAGACUGAUGAAUUCAUUCAUUAUUUACUAAACUACUACCAGACACCAGGCUAUGCACGUGUUUGUUUAGAGCCAAAAAAGACUUCAGACAAGACCUGGUGGAAGAGAGUGGUGUCUGAUGAUGAUAGUGGUCUUGACAUCAGCUUGAGUAGCAAACAUGGUCAGCACUUCAGAGAAGUGAGUCCUGUACAAAAUCUCAACAACAGAAAUUAUGGUAAUGAUGAUGAUUAUAGGCUGGUGAUCACUGUUGGGAAGCUUGAGUCAAGAGACACAGCAUUAGAAGGCAAGGCCUAUGGGGGCAGGCUUACAGAAAAGUUGCAAGCGCAGAGGAAUGACUCACUCACUGUUGAUAAUUUACCACGUGCUGGACUGAAUCAUUACACUACUGUUACUCAUGAUAGGGAAUUCAAACAAGAUGGUAGCAGUGAAGGUACUGUACCAUACAACACAUGUAGAUCUUGCAGAUUAAAGGAUUUGUUGGAAGAGAUCAGUGAUUCUGAGUAUUUUAGAGAGGCACAUAGUGACUCAAUGAAGCGAAUGGAAAGAAGAUGUGAAGAAGUUCACAGCAAUUUUAAUAAAGGGUGCUUCCCUGCAAGAGCUGGGGAGAGAAAUUUGUUGAUUUACCUUAAAAAUGUAACUCUGGAAGGUCAAGAGGAGGAAAGCAGCAAAUGUAGCUUCUGUUGUCAUUCUGACCAUGAGGGCUUGCUGAGGAAGUGUGAACAUGAGCUUAAAAAGUCAUGCAAGAGGUCUAGUAGUAAAUUAAGAUGUGAAGGACAGAAAAGUGAGAGAAAAUCCAGGGGAGAGGAGAGAAAUGCUCAUAAAAUCAAGAAGAAGCGAAAAGAGCUUUCUUCUAAUCUUUUAUCUGAUGAAUGUGGCUUUUCAGAACUGGACAGUCGCAUGCAGCUGGAGUCGUUCAGAAAGAUACAAAGAAAAUAUAAGAGAAUGUUCCACAAAAAAGUGAAAUUCAAGACACUUCACACUGCCAUGGCAGCACCAGAUGUUACUCCUCAUGAUGGCUUACCACUUCAGGAGACUCUCCAGAGGACAGGAGAUGAGAGGAAGUUAAUGUUGAGAAGAGAGAUGGAUGUAGAUGUCAGAGGAUGCCCUCUAUUUCCUCUUGAGAUAAUUCAGACAAACCCCUGCACGGAUACUUUCUGUGGAGCGGAACCCAGAAGAGGAUGUUGAACAGCUGCUACAUAGUAGCUCUUAACUUUUAUAUGGAAGUGGGAGAAGAAAGCCCUUUGACCAUUAAAAGGUAUAUGAAAUACUGGAGUUUUUUGCUUAGGUAAUUCUUUUGGUUAGAAUUUCUAACUGGUGUAGUGAGCCACAAAACCAGAAUCGGUGUUUACCUUUUGGACAACAGCGGACCAAAGCUUACCCCAGGGCCAGACAAAUUUGCAUGGACCAGUUGCUAAAACUGGAAAGGAUACAGAUUGAGAUCUCAGAGCAUUAUACUCAAAUGUAAAGAGCCAUGUAAAUAGCAGUUAGAGUAUUUAGUAGUAACCAAUCAUUGGAAAAAAACAUAGCUAUGUAAACCCUACAGCAAGCACAUAAAGUGCCUCCUCAGUCAGGUCGUUAAGAUGAUGGGACUGGAAGGUAUGGGGAGGACAUUUAUACUGAAUUGUGGGAAGUUAGAGAUUUUUUCAAUAUAGAUUUUCACAAUUCUAGAGAUGUUUCUGGAAGCUCACUGGUCUUUGAGAGGAAGGAUUUCACUACACUUGUGCUAGAUGCAGUGCUUCCAGGAAUCUGACUCUGUAAGCAAAGCUCUGAAUGCUAGCCAGUGACAGGGCAGUGUUUGUCAGUGUGCUGGCAGUCCCCUUGUACACGCAGGUUGAAAAUCUGUUGGCAAGAUUCUGAAGGCACUUGUAGUGAGGUAGGUAUUUAGUAUGAGUUUGCUUACAGAUAAUUCCAGAGGAAUUGUGAAAUGUUUUCAGACUUGUGCUGGGUGUAGGUAAAAAUGUGAAAAUGCAAUCUAGGUGCUUGAAUUAUAUCCGUAUCUAUUCAGCUGGCCAGAUUUAGAAGACAGCCACAAUUGCUGGUGGACAAAGUCCCUUAGCAAGAUAGAGAAGACCAGCUCCAAGUUCAAUACAUGAUUAUUUUGGUUUUCAUUUUGGUAUGCUUUAUUUAUUACUUGUCAAUAUACUAAAUUAAUGUGACAAUGUUGUCUUCAUUACAUGCAGUCAUGCCUAUGUUUGUAACUUCUGCUCUAAGAAAUAGUAAUUAUGAAAAAGUUAAUUGUAAUUGUUGAUGGUAGAUAGGUUUUCCCCCAGUGUUCAGUACUGAUGAUUCCUACAGGUUUCUAAGCCAGGUUUUGGCAGUCUUCUCUGUUCAGAUGUCGAGUGCCUUUUCAGAGUCAUGAAUGACAAAUGGUUGCUACUCAAAGUACUGUUAAUCUAUUGCUUUUGUCUAAAAAGUUCUUAUUUUCUUGACAGAAAUAUUUUCUGACUAUUUUGGAGAACAUUCAUGCCCCUUCUAAGUCUCUUUUUGGUAAUUUAUACAGUUAUAAUGAAGAUCAGCUGUUGUAUUUGUUGACCAUGUGAAAAGUUUCAGUUGUACUGAUGUGACAUAACCAAGGGUGUUUUUUCUCUAUGCAAUAUUUGCAGAUUAAAGAUGACAAAACUUGGCCCUCUGUCAAUCUAUAGACAGUUCUGUGUCCUCAAGUACCCAUUUCUCAUGAGACAGGCCUUUCAGUGACAGGUGAGGAGGAAGUAUUUGCUCUGGUUAAUCUGAGGGACCAGGAGCUGAAGAUUUCCAUUGGUGUAAAUUUCCAGUGUUUUCUCAACAUGUUGUCACAAUAUUCAGUAAAAAAUAAAUACACCAGUUUGUAAUUGCUUCUUGCCUUCACCUGUAUUGAUUGAAGCCAACAAAGCAAAUUCUGUCUCCAGUUCCUCAUUCUGUGUAAAACAUUGUUAGUAAAUAAAUCAUGCUUGCA